UGACUUAACCCAACACCUACCUCCGAAGGAGCCUCUGGAAGAGCCCGGAUUCCUCCAGGGAUAAAAAUUUAAGGAAAUUUUAUCGGGAAUCGCCCACAUCCCGCAGCUGCAGGUUCUGCAUCACGUUCCCAGAUGUGCUCGGAAUUCCCGGCGGCCUCCGGCUCCAGCCGCCCCUGCGUCGUUUCCUGCGGCGCUUCCCGCGUCAUCAUCUUCCCUCCUCCCGUGCUCAUCACCUUCCCGGGGCCCAUCCUCAGCACCUGCCCGCAGGAGACCGUGCUGGGAUCCUCGGGAACGGUGCCGGGAUCCUCGGGAAUGCCGGAGGGAACAGCGGGAAUCUCCCUGAGGUCCCACGGAGCUGAAAUCCCGCGUAACGCGGAGUUUGUCCCAAAAUUCACCUCCAGGCCCAUCCUCGGCCUGGACCCGCAGGAGGCCGUGCUGGGAUUUUCGGGAAUGGUGUCGGGAUCUUUGGGAAUGAUGGAUGGAGCACCAGGAGCUUCCCGAAGGUCCCUGAGAUCCUACGGAGCGCAAUUCCCGCGUUCCGGGGGUUUCACCCCAAAAUCCGGCCCCCGGCGAGCGUCGCGCUGCUCCUACAUCUUUAAUUCCCGUUGGAUCCAUCCGUGCCGGAGGAGCAGCUGCGGGAGCCAGCAGCCGGCCGGGAACGGGAGCGAGGAGAGAAUUCCAGACCCGGAAAAGCCAGGAACGGAAAACGAGGAUGCGGCAAAAGAGGAAAAAGAGGAAUUGGAAGUGUGACGCGGAUCCGAGCCCGAUCCAAAGGCUCCUCCAAAGCAGAUUUGGGAAUUUAAGUUCAGCUUAAGUUGAGAUUUUUUUUAAGUUGUGUUUUUUUUUCCACCACAGAUAUUCCUAAGCCAUUAAAUUCCAUUUUCUCCAAAUUUUGGGAUAACGUGAUGCUUGGAAUCUGGUUUGUAGGAGCAAUUAUUUGGUUUUUUUCUGUGGUUUUACAGAGAAAUCGAGAUUGAGGAACACCCCAAAUGUGGUUAGACCUGACAAAGCUUUUCCCUGCCAGGCCUAAUUGAGCCAGGCGUAGCUUUUACGGGGAUUACUCACCA